AUGACAAUCAAAACCUUUUAUUCUUGUACAGUGCCACCCAAAGGUCAAUCAAACGGGUUCAAGCAGCGCAAUCGCAUUGUUGGCAACGCUUGGACAUCGUACAGCGAGGAGGAGAAGGAUAUCUUUUAUCCUAGGUUAUUUGAAAACCUCAUACAGGCUCUUGUCAAAGACGGUGACCCUAUUAUCACACCAGCACUUACAGCAUCUGACCAGACCGAACCGACCGAAGCAACUACAGAUGCACUUACUGAAGCCGAAAAGAAUCAAUAUUUGCCUAUAUUCAACAGGCUGGUCAACAAAAAGUCCGUGGCGCGCGACUUCAAGCACGGCCGUCUCUGCAGGCACAGCAGAAAGGGCCAUCAGUUGGAAAAAGUUGGAAUUGAUGAGAUUAAGAAAUUGGUUGAACAACUUCAUAUCAUCAACAGUAAAUUCCAUUUUCAUUUUCACCUCCUAGUUGCUGCUUGGAAUCCAAAUACAUCUCAGACUCGUGCCCUAUAUCAAGAGGAGUUCACAUCAUGCGAACGUUGGGCUGUACAUGCGCGCAAGGAGCUACACCUUCUUGAACGAUUUGCUGUCGAGUGUACACAAGCACCUCCAAAGAGUCAAAAAAAUGCAAAACAGGCCGAGUACUCAAAACAUCAAGCUUCUUUGAGAAAAGAGCUCAACACAUCCCUGAAUGAUUUGAUACACGCCCAUCUUCCAGGAGGCCACCAAAUCAAGUCGGAUGCCCAUCCACAAGGCCCAAAUCCUCACUUGAUCUUACAAGGAAGAAAGUUUUGA